GAGAGAGAGGAAACGGCCUGAUUUUCUCAAAGCGAGGAGGGGCAGAGAUUAGAAAGUUCAAAGUCCACUCACGCGCUUCUCUUUCCCAUCACGUUGAUGUGUUUAAAAUUCAGAAAAACUUAAUUUAUUAUACCAACAUUCAGAAGAGAUUAGUAUAACACAAUUUUGAAUGCAGAGAGAGAGAGAACAAAUAAAAACAUACCCAUCGAAGUUUCUUCAGUUUCCUACCAGUUUCCAUCGGCUUGGAGGCUUCCUUCCAUUUAUACGUGCCCCCUUUUCUCUUCUACAUUACAAAUUGUCUACUUUCUCUCUCUAGAUUGCCUCUGGGUCCGCGUUACUCUUGAUUCUUUCCUUUACAAUUACAAGAUCGUCUCCAGUUUUGGUGGAAUCUCAGGCACAUUUUGAAGUCUCUGUACGAAUUUCCCUGUAACUUUGUGUAAUUUCUAUUCAGGUUCUUCAACUAAGCAGUAGCUGGAAAAAAAUCCUACACUUUUGCCUACUAAAAAUGUUUAGUCAUAAGAGAUCUCCAUUAAACAAAAAUGCUAAACAUUCUAGCCCCAAUCCUUUUGAUUCUGACGAUGAGUUAGAUAGCAAGAAAACCCUUAAACCGUCGAGGAGAACUUCUUCUGAACCCACAUUGGUUGCCCCUAAAUUUAGUACCAACCCUUUUGAUGACGAUGCGGGGAAAGGGACCACUUCAUCUUCGCACUCUCUAUUUUCAUCGGCAAGAAGCAGAUAUAAGAAUGAUUUCCAUGAGUCAGGAGGAUUAGAAAACCAAACUGUCGAAGAGUUGGAGAAUUAUGCUGUAUACAAGGCUGAGGAGACUACAAAGACAGUCAACGGCUGCCUGAAGAUAGCAGAGGACAUAAGAGAGGAUGCUACCAAGACUUUGGUCACCUUGCAUCAGCAGGGUGAGCAAAUUACCAGGACCCACAUGGUUGCUGCUGACAUUGAACAUGAUCUCAGUAGGGGUGAGAAGCUAUUGGGAAGUCUUGGGGGUAUCUUUUCCAAGACUUGGAAGCCAAGCAAGGGUCGCGCAAUAAAGGGACCUGUUUUUAGUGGAGAUGAUCCAGCUCAAAGAAGGGGUGCCCACUUGGAGCAGCGGGAGAAAUUAGGGUUAACUCCUGCACCCAAGGGACGGUCAAAGUCACAAACACUACCUCCUGAAGCCCCCAAUGCACUGCAGAAAGUUGAGGUAGAAAGGGCAAAGCAAGAUGAUUCACUUUCAGACUUGAGUAAUAUUUUGGGGGAGCUGAAGAACAUGGCUGUUGACAUGGGGUCUGAAAUUGAAAGGCAAAACAAAGCUCUGGAUCCUCUUGGGGAUGACGUGGAUGAGCUGAAUCACCGUGUGAAGGGUGCCAAUCAACGCACACGCCGUCUGCUUGGGAAAUAGAAGAUCACUGAGUUGUUCUUACCCUCUGAUAUUGGCUUGCUGCCUCCCUUUCCUUUCCCAUUUCUUUUAUAUGCAUUCUUGAAUGUUUAACCUAUGGGUUCACAUUUUUUUUUUCUUUUUUACACCUCGAUUUGUCAGCAACAAAUACACCCAGGUUCAAUCUUAUGUUGAGAAAUAACACUGUUGAUUGUUGAUGAUUCCUUGCUAUUAAGAGGAGUAUAGCUUGGGCUUUUGUUUGAUAAA